AUGUUGAUAUUAGGACUCACUGGCGGUAUUGCCACAGGAAAAUCAACUGUUUCUGGUUUUUUGUCAGACAACUACCAUAUCCCCGUGAUCGAUGCUGAUAAAAUUGCAAGGGAGGUGGUGGAGCCGGGUACUUUAACCUAUCAAGCUAUCGUUGAGAAAUUCCAGCCGCUAAUACCUGAAUUGAUUGAUAGCUCGAAAAAAGAUGCUCCUUUAAACAGAGGAGCAUUAGGGGCUUAUGUUUUCACUCAUAAAAAAGAUCUAAAGAAGUUGAACGCCAUUACUCAUCCUGCAAUCAGGAAGAAAAUACUUUACUUACUAUUUAAGAAUUACUUGAAUAAGGAGCCCGUGGUCAUCCUUGACAUACCUUUGCUUUUUGAAAGUGGAAUGGAUUGGUUAUGCUCCCGUACACUGACUAUCAGCUGUAAUCCUGAACAUCAACUUAAAAGGUUGCUUGAAAGAAACAAGGAGUUGAGCGAAAUACAAGCCACUGAUAGGAUAAACUCACAAAUGCAACUAGCUGAGAAAGUUAAACAAAGUGACUACUCCAUUUUUAACGAUGGCAAUCUGGAAGAUUUGAAAAGAAAGGUGGACGAGUUUGUUCAUCAAAACUUGCCUGCGUUGCAGGUAAAUCAAAAUUGUGGAUGGAGUUAUACUAUCAGUAGCUGGUGGAACUGGUUUCAGGUAAUGUUUCCACCCUUCGCUAUAGUCGGGGCAGUCUGUGCCUUAACUCGAAAAAUGUUCAACAAGAGUUAUGCUUGA